CAGCCAGCUGGCUUCAUCCGUCACCCAGCGGGGCGAUGAACGGUACGGAGAACAUGCUGAGUGCCUACCCAAGUAAACUUUUGGCUAACUAGCUUGAAAUAAAGCUAAUGCUAAUGAGCUAGCAGGCGCUGACAGGUGGGUGUGUUUUCCAGCCCUGCGCUAGGAUCCACAUCACAAACAUAAACACGCGAGGACGUUUCAUGCUUUUCCAGCCCUAUUUAUUUCUGUACCAUGUCUGAUUCAAAUAGUAGAACAAGAGCCAUGAAACCAUUGAUUAAUCAGACUGGUAACAUGCUGUUAUUUACUCAGUUAGGUGACUUGCAGAAUGUCGAGAACGCAACGAAUAUGAAGAGCAGCAGAUGAUCUGAAACAUAUUUAUUAGUGUGUGUUUUGGUUUGAGACACAGCAGAAAACACACACACACACACACACACACACACACACACACACACACACACACACACACACACACACACACACACACACACACACACCCCCCGCAAGUGUACGGUUUUCCUCUAUCCUGCAAGUUGCAAAAGAUGUGGCGAAGAAGAUAACGUUUUCAUUUGUACUAUGAAACUAGUGUUUCAUGGCAUUGUGUAAACACCAAACUUCGUACAAAUGUAAUAAAGCACUAGUAUGCACAACUCUAUAAUCCAAAUUAUCCCUCUGUUGGGUUCCUAUAGUAUCUAGAUUGAGUGGGGGUAGACGGUGUGGGAAAUCUUCCUCAAUUGGCAGAUAAUAGAACCUGACGUUAUAAGGUGGAGGGUAUUGAUGAUGUGUACAACAGUUAUGUGUCCUGAGGGGAUUAUCUGUAGUUGGAUGUUACAAAUUGAUGGCUCAUUUGCUUUAUCAAGUAAAAAAGUAAGUAAAAUGUAAAACAGUUUUCACUGACCAAAGUGCUGUACAUAGUGCAUUCAGCAGGUAAAGAUUAAGGCAAAAUAACAAUAGAAUAAAAUACAACUAAAAGACAUGAAACCGGACAUCCACACACAACAAAGGCAAUAGUACAGAGGUCAGACAAGGCUUGGUUGGUUCCAUUGCUUGAAUUUGCCAAGGCCAUUUAUUGAAAGCCAUCAACGUUCAUUCCAAAGUCUGUUGUCAUGUGUAAUACAUCACUGGCCUAUAAUAACUUUAUGCGUGUGUGUCAGUGUGUGUGGUUAUAGUAUACUGCGUUUAUCUAAUGUCAAUAAACCUAUAUCUUUCACUUGGAAGUUAUAACGAUUAAGCAAUUAAGGUGAUUAUUAUUUGUGGUAUGUUCAGGUUAUGGGUCUUAAUUACUUGCAAUAGUUUGCAGAAUAACACAAUUAUGAAAAAUUGUUCUUAAACAUAUGGAUUGAGAGAAGAAGCCUUGUCAUCUCAUCACGUUCACUCGCUGUCUCAGCUACGCCUCCGUCUUAUUGUUCUUCUGUUCACUCGCUGUCUCUCCUGUCUCAGCUACUUCUCAAGUUCACUGGAAACUGAAUACACGUGUGUGUGUGUGUGUGUGUGUGUGUGUGUGUGUGUGUGUGUGUGUGUGUGUGUGUGUGUGUGUGUGUGUGUGUGUGUGUUGUGUGUGUGUGUGUGUGUGUGUUGGGGGAUACAGAUGAAAAGAUCAUGUCUCUAUAACUCUGUACACAUAGUACCCCCCCCUAACCAAGUUAGGGGCACACAGUCAUGUGUGCAUUGUUUGGCUCAAUGGCCCAAUCCCAAAGUGAGCCCUGAGGACUAAGGACUCAGUCUUUAUUGAUCUCAGGUGCUAAGUGAGUGAGUGUGUGAGGCCAGAUAGGUAAUAUGGGAUUGGGACAGCACUUCACGAGAGCACAUGUUACCGUGGCCACAUUUAACGUCAACAAAUAUGUUGACACUGCCGGUUUGAGAAUUCUCAUUUUACGUUUUUUUUUCUUUUGUAAAUGCAAUGAAAACAAUCGGCUACAGCAUUUUAUUGAUAUUAGAAAAUAUUUUUUACUUUUGAAUACUUCAGUAUAAAGGAUGUAUUGAAUAAUUUAGGUGAUGAUUGGCCUACACAUACUAAUCAUAAGUCAGAAUGGGGUACAUUUGGCUGAAUUAUGAAAGGUAGGGCUGGGCGAUAUAGCGGUUUUAUAAUUAUAACGGUAUAGUUUUGAAAGCGAUAUGUAGUUGAGACAAAUAAUAUCGCCAUACCGGUAUAUUAUUUUGAUGUUGCCUUGCGAGCGCUAUUUUAUAAAGCUGACCGCUGCUCUCUGAGCCUACAAUCCAUGUUCAGCUGCUCAAUCCCGCCCCUAGCGUUCUCCCACCCACGGACGUUUCGCAUCACAACAAAACGUUUCUCGUGAGCACGAGAAAGUAUCUGGUGCGCACGAGAAAGUAUCUGGUGCGCACGAGAAAGUGUGUGUGUGUGUGUGGUGUCAGCGUGUGAGUGCAGUGGACGAGCGAGCGGUAGCGUGCAUGUAAGUUUAGUGAAGUAAUGAUCGAGUCCGGUUGUGUGUAAAAGAAUAAAGCACCCGGCAAGAAUUGGUGGCCACUUCAUUCCGACCUAUAAGCAGACCCACUGCCGGUCAAAGUGAAGGGUGUGUUGCCCCUGAGAGAUCGGCCCUGGAGGGAACGUGUCUGGGAGCCUCAGUCUUGUGGUUUCUCUUUAUUUUUUGUAUAUUCUCAAUUAACCAGGCCUUUCUUGUGGACUGGGACUCAAGCGAGGGAUGUGCAGUACUGGUGUCGGAUUACAAUCCUCCCUCUGGCAUUAUUGGUGUUUUGCCAUAUCAAUUUUAGCAUGGUGGAGUAUGAGGUGACACUCACUCACUCUGUAAAGCCAUUUGCACGACUCCUAAAAGCACUAUAUAUAAAUGCAAUGAAUUAUUAUAAAAUGAAUUAAAUUGUAUUGGUUCAGCCCUUUUUUAAGCACAUACACUGUCCCCCUAAAGGCAGUUUAUCCUCUACUAGCAACUAAUAAGCAAAUGUAUUUAUCAUAAGACAGCGUAUGGACCUUUCUGUGCAGAGAGGAAUCUAUGCUGGAAGCAUGAUGGUAGUGUCCACAAUAACAGCUGUGUGUGUGUGUGUGUGUGUGUGUGUGUGUGUGUGUGUGUGUGUGUGUGUGUGUGUGUGUGUGUGUGUGUGUGUGUGUGUGUGUGUGUGUGUGUGUGUGUGUGUGUGUGUGUGUGUGUGUGUGUGUGUGUAGUGUUUCUGUAUGUGUUUUCAAAUAGGUAAGAAUGGACCGUCAGCAGAUGUUUGAGGGGGUUACCUUGAAGCUACUGUAUGAUCCAUCUGACACACACACACACACACACACACACACACACACACACACAUAUAUAAACGCACACACAUGACCAUACACACACUCUCUCAUUGUCUUAUCCUGGUUAGGCGUUCGCGGCAUCACAUUGUUAUGGUGUGUAUGUGCACACACAGUGUUGCAGCAGUAUGUGUGCGUGGUGGUUGGCUGGUGAGGGAAUGUUUUUCUGCCUGGACCGCCUGAUGCUCGCUCUGUCAGAGCUCAGGGAGGGAGGGGGAGAGAGAGUGCGGGAGGCAGAGAGAGAGAGAGAGAGAAGGAGAAGGAGGCAUAGAGAGGGAGGGGUGUUCAUGCAGGGAUUCACUGCUCAGAGCGACAGAACGGCAGACAGACGAGGAGAGCAGCACAGCGCCAAGAGACAGUGUGUAUCUGUAUGUAUUUAUGCGUGCCAGUGUGUCUUUGAGAAGCACUCCCCCAUGCUGUGCCCGGCGUCUUGCCUGCCCCUCCUGAGGGAGCUGGCUCAGUGGCGCUGCCUGCUGGGCUGGCACCGCCACCGAGGGGUGGGGUCCCCCACCACCGCAGUGGGCGCCGCUAGUGCAGGACCACAGCAGCAGGGGUCAGAGGGCGGGCUUGGGGGCGGAGCCUCUCGGCCGAUCUGCCACACCAAACCCCAGCCUGGCAACCAGUACUCGUCGGCGGGCUGCGGGCUGUCCCUCCACCACAGUGAGAAACCGGAGCACGAGGAGGUGUGUGAGUUCCGGCCCUACACCUGCCCGUGCCCGGGGGCCACCUGCAAGUGGCACGGCUCCCUGGAGGCCGUCAUGCCCCACCUGAUGCACACGCACAAGUCCAUUACCACCCUGCAGGGCGAGGACAUCGUGUUCCUGGCCACGGACAUCAACCUUCCGGGCGCCGUGGACUGGGUGAUGAUGCAGUCGUGCUUCAGCCACCACUUCAUGCUGGUGCUGGAGAAGCAGGAGAAGUACGAGGGCCACCAGCAGUUCUUCGCCGUGGUGCUGCUCAUCGGCACGCGCAAGCAGGCCGAGAACUUCGCCUACCGCCUGGAGCUCAACGGCAACCGGCGCCGGCUCACGUGGGAGGCCACGCCGCGCUCCAUCCACGACGGCGUGGCCGCCGCCAUCCUCAACAGCGACUGCCUGGUCUUUGACACGUCCAUUGCGCACCUCUUCGCCGACAACGGCAACCUGGGCAUCAACGUCACCAUCUCCAUGUGCUGACGGAAGCCCCCCCCGGGGGGGGUUUGGGGAGGGGGGGGGGAACCGCUACGACGGAGACUGAGUUGACAGUCGGUCGUGUGGGACGUCGGAACGCGCACCCCCAGGCUGCGGCCGGGAUCGGUCGAUAACGGGGAAUGUUUGAAUGAUUGAUUGCGACCUCCCCAGGUCUGAGCACUGGGGGCUUACUGGUCGUAUCCUGUGUGCGUGUGCGCGUGUGUGUAUUAUGGUUGUGUGUGUGUGUGAGGGAGCUUUGUUUGCGUACUUCUGUUAGUUUUUGUGGAUUCGACUGCAUGGUGCAUGGCGAAGGUGUUUUCGUGAGACUAGCGCUCUUGCUCUGUACGGACCACCGUCGGUUUACGAGGCAAUACCCAUUUUAUUAGCAGCGUUUUGAUUUGUCUCCGUCCACACCGACUGUCCUCUUGAAAGCCAGUUAAUCCCUGGUGUUUAAUCUGAGAUUAAAAACCGGGAAAAAUGGAGGACAGCGCGCACAUUCCAGGGUUCCCUUCUGUGCUCUGCCAAGCAUCUGCCUUACUUUUAUACUGCGGACUCCUCUGGUCAUCUCCAACCUCUCUGGUAACCUCCAGAUCUCUGGUCACCUCACCUCCCACCCCUCUGGCCAGCUCCAACCCCAGUCAACUACACCCCUCUGGUCACCUCACCUCCACCCCCUCUGGCCACAUCCAGACAUUCUGGUCACCUCCACCCCCUCUGGUCACCUCCACCCCCUCUGGUCACCUCCACCCCCUCUGGUCGACUCCCUCCCCUCUGGUCGACUCCCACCCCUCUCUUGUCACCUCCACUCCCCCUGGUCACCUCCCAACCCCCUCUGGUCACCUCCCAACCCCCUCUGGUCACCUCCCAACCCCCUCUGGUCACCUCCCACCCCUUCUGGUUGUUCUGUUGCUUUUCUUAUUGUAGCAUUGUUUUUGUUUAGAUUUUUCCUUUGCUUAAACCGGCCCAGGGAAUAAUCCUAGAUGGAAAUGCAUCGAUGUGUUGGUAAUGAAAGCGAUUCUAUUUUCUUCGUAAGAGCUGAGAUGCAACUGGAUGGACGAGAUAUUUUUUUUCUGAACUGAGUUCCACAAACACACGGGAGCACUCCAUGACCCGCUCGCCCCGGCUGACCCCAACGACGGCCCACUGAACUCAGUGUAGCGUUGGCCCGGCGAGAGUGGCCCUCUCCCCUGAUCCAUACCUCUGACUUCACGUCUGUAACCCUGCUCGUCCUUUAGGGGGCGCCACUGGGGUCAAACGAAACCUUUCUGUCUACUGAUGAACACAAACACCUCAGUAUCUUCUCCUGUUUCAUACGCAGCAUUGCAGGGGGGUAUAUAGAACAGGCAAUGGACUGUAAGUUAACAAAUACUAUCAAAAUGUAACACACUUGAUUGAUCAUUACUGACGUUAAUCCGGAUGGGGGGGGGGGGGGGGUAUAGAAACAACCCACCACACACCCACACACACGCAUGUAGACACACAUGAACAUCUGUACACACGGCGAGGUAACCUUGUGAAAGACAUGCCGACCCCAGCUGUCGCGAUCCAGGAAAUGUUUCUAAUAUUGUACAGGAUUUACGGUAAUGAUGGUAUAUUUUUUUGAAGAGACAAAAAAAAAAUACAUAUUACGUGUUGUUCAGAUUUUUUAUGUAUUAACAGGUUAUCAGGUUGUACAGAGAGUGAGAAGCUAUUUUCUAAGCUGAUGUUGAUAUGUUCUUAAAUAUGUUGUACUCUGUCUUCCUUGGCGAUAUUAAGCGAACCGUCAGACUCCUUCAUGUUGGCUCAUUGUUCCGAACGCAGCGACCCAAUGGUCACUGCAGACGUGUGCGUAACACAAUGUGUGUGAAAGAAGUGUUAAAACAAGGAAAUGUACUGAUUUGUAGUCAAACCUUACAUGUACUUAACCUAAUUCUGUAACUGGGAGUUGAUCCAAGCUGCAAUAAUGAGCGCUGUAAUGGUCUAUUUUAAAUAAUUCUGAAAUACAUCGCCUACAAAUCACGCAGCUCGUCAUUCAUGUUUGUUUCACAUGUUUCUGGACUUUUUAAAACUCCUGACUUUGUUUGCAUCUCCUUGCUGUUUUUAACCGUGUUAAUCAAUCUAUUAUCAACCAGCAACACAUUUAGAGCUGAGUGUACUGGUAACUGCUUUGAAUGUUUAGGUAACAACAGCUUAUCAAUUUGUGCCUGACGGCAAGUAAGAAGAAACAUUAAUGUAUCCGUUGUAGCAAAAAAUAAAUACCCAUGUGUCCUUUAGUUGGGAAUACAUCUGUUGCAAUGAAGAAACAGGGAUGCCGACAAAUGAUGAAGCAUAAUGGAUCCUACGGCGAAGAAUCAACGGGAAUGCCCUGAUUCAACCUUGUAAUCAGUUAUUUAGAUAAGAAAAAGUCAAUUUUGUUUUCUGGACUUAACUUGACAUUCUGAUUGCAGUACAGUUAAUUUAACCUUUUUUAAGGCGGUUUGCUUGCAAUAUCUAAAAGUGUCUAUCUGCGUCAUGUUCAUCAUAAUCUGGUGAAGCUACAUAUAAAGCAUUAAAGUCUGUCUAUGUGUCAUAAACCACUCUAGUUUUACUGACUAUUUUAUUUGUUUUUAAAUCCUGUUUUUCUUUUUCAAACACCUAAUCUCCUAGCUGAUCAUCCAAUGCCCGUAUUUGUUGUGUUUUCGAACAGAAGACUCAUGUUUCCAGUACUAACAAUUAUCAGUUUUCCCACAAGAUGGUAGAUUUGAAUCCUUCUCACAACCGUGACUCCCAUUGAAAGCCUGCAUUGCCAAUAAAGUGUUUU